CACGUGUAUCAAAGUCAAACUCUGAUCUAAAAUUUAUAACAUUUUUGACUAAAGGGCAGCUGUCACAUUAACAAGCUCUAUAGUGGAUAGGAUGAUCCCAAAAGCAGCUUUUUUAAAGUGUCUCGGUAGGAGACUAUCGCGCCGCGGCUCGGCGGUGCGUCAGCUGAAGCGAAGUCUUGCUGGGUUUACUCUGGGUCUGUUCCUCGCAUCGGUUUACGGAUUGACAGCGCUGUACAUCCAGAACCACGAUCUGUGGUUCUGCAUCAUCACUACCGUCAUCAUCGCCGCUUGCGCGGGGUUUGGUACUGGCCUCUCUGACCGCGUGCACACCAACGUCAUGCUGAUGUUCCCAAUGCUGUGCUCGAUCAGGGGUAAAAAUUUCCUUUUUUUCCUCAUCUGUACCUUGGUUAUCCAAGGCCCAGUGAGCAACACGAUGGAAAAUGUUGAACGGGCUGCAGACAGUGUGAUCUGUGGUGCAGAACUUGCCAUGAACCAAACACAACAGCUCCUGCAGCGUGCUGCCAACCCACUGCUACCGGCCCUGAGUAAGAUAAAGCAGAUAGCGAGGAAUGCUCACUCAAUGGCAGGCCGAGCACAAAACUUCAUCAGAGCUCUGACGGAAUCUGUGCGGCAUGUUGCUUGUACUCUGAGAAAUGUACUGCACUUCUUGGCGAAUAUUGGUGAUGUGUGUAAUGACAAUCUGGGCUUGCCAUAUCAGAAGUGCACUAGGCUGUUUGAUGAAGCCCGUGAGAACUGCAUGGAGCUGCUCUCUGUGUUUUCGUUCCUCUGCCACCUCCUGGAUGGAUUCCAGCCCCUCUGUGGGCUCGCACGCGUGGGACAGCUGUUCUGCAUCUUACCAUCAUAUAUUGCUGACCACAUUAAGACUGCUUUGGCUUUUCCAACUAUUGCAGCCUUUGAUCGAAUUAAAAAGGAGUUUGAAUUCAACAUUUCUACCUCCAUCAACUUUGACCAGCAUCUGAACAACAGUCAGUCCAUACAGGAUGCUGCUCAGAAGAUCAUGGAGGAGGUGUCAGAGGAGCUGGGCCUCCUCCUGGAGCUCAAAUUCCUGCUGGCAUACUUGGGUUUCUUCCUGCUUCUCUUCAUGUAUCUCCAGGCCGUUUUGUACAAAAACCGGUACCUUCAUAAUGAUAACUUUGAAAACAUCUACAUAACCGACCAGUUUAUUGAGUUGGACAGGAAGUGCUCCAGACAGGGCAAAGCAGCUGUACUUCCCCUCAGCCACAGAGAAACUCUCACCUACAUCAGGCCCUCCUCUCUGUAUCUGCCUGUGAGAGAGAGACGGACUAUAGCAGGUCAGAUGCUGUCUUUGCUCAGGUAUAUGGUCAUGACUGUCAUACUGAUAGCUGUCGACUUCAUGGUGUUCUGGGUGUUUGAGCUGGUACACCAUCAGGCCCAGGGUGAAAUCGUCACCCAAGCUCCUGUAGUGGUAGCAGUGAAUGUGAAUGGAUCUGGUUAUGCCUCGGAUAUCUUUCGGGACAUAGCAGCCUCAUUUGACAUCCUGCAGAAAGGAAACAUCACUGUGCUUAGCAAGAAAUGUCUCAUGCAGCCUUUGGAGCCAGACUACAUGAGAUACCUGCUCAUUGGAUUUCUUUAUGGAUUGACUCUUUUUAUUGUGAUUGCUGGUGGCUACGUCACACGUCUACAGAGAUUUGUAUGUGCCAGGUACCAUCCUGAAAGAGAGAAAAAGAGAAUUCAGUACCUUCACAGGCAUAUUCUCACUCAGCGCGGGUCUUUAGGAAAAGCCUUACUGAGGGCUGUACAACGAAACAGGAUAGACCAGCAACAUGAUGGCAUUAUAUCAAUAUUAGCUCAACACCUACCAGGGGGUGGCAUCAUAGCCAGGCUCCUGGAUAUCGGUAAAAAAUCGUGUGCGGCCUGUGGGAAAGUGUUGAAGACGAGAGCUCAUGAUGACGAAGUGCAUAUCUGCCCUACCCCUCACUGCACAGGCCAUUACUGCUCGCUGUGUUUCAGACUGAUGGGGAAGCUCUGUGCUAUCUGUACAGCACCCCUCACAUUCCACGCGGACCAAGAGCUAGAUUCCAGUGAUGAGGAGCAAGCCAGUUUAGGGGAGAUCGCUGUAACAUCACCUCAGCCUGUCCCGGAGAAAAGAGGAAAAGAGAGGAAGCGAAUAACGAUCAGUAUUUCCAAUCAGGAUCAUUCUAUAGGGAUCAACGGCCAAACCGACCAUCAAAAUGUGGAGAUUAAUAAUAGAGUUUAAGGCCAAAUCUGCUUUAUUCAUUCGCAGGUUCUGUGGUGUUGGAUAUAAAUCUGUUAGUACAAUACCAGGAAUGUGUUUUAUUUAUUUAUUUAAUUCUCUCUCCUUGUCCAAACUGCAAAAUAGGUAUACAUGAUGAAACUAAAAAUAUUUUACAAGUGUAAUCUCGUGUAAUCUAAUCACAUCUGUCAAAAUGCGGUUGGUCUGGUUGCAUUGCAUUUACAUGGUUGUCGGAGGAAUGUCGAGGAUGAGCUGCAGUUUCUUAACUGUAAAACAAAUACUCAAACUAUUUUCAUAUUUUUUACUAUUUCCACAAAGACGGUAAUGUUACCAGUUAAUCUCUGCGUGUAUCGCAAAUUAACACACAUUCCGCACACAAUAUAUUCGCAUAUAAACUCUCAAUACUAUAAAAGCGUAAACAUUACCCGUGUGUGAGUGAAGAGUGGGCGUGACGCAGGCAGGCGCGAGCGCUGGUCAGACUCAGGUGAUGAAAUACUGUCACUUCACUUCACCUGCUGCAGUUUCCGCUCGGGACAGAAAACAAGCCCAAUGGCUGAACAGUACACAGAGCUAGAGCUGGCCAUAAACACCUUGGUCAAAAACUUCCAUUCUGCUUCGCCUACUGACGCUGACACGCUCACAGCCCAGGAGUUCCAGAGCAUGAUCUCCAAAGAGCUGCCCACCAUGGUGAAGACCGCAGGGGAUCAGGAAGGACUUAACGAACUCCUGGCGGAACUGAAUGUGGAAGAAGGGAAGGGCGUCACAUUCAAGGACUUUUGGCAGUUGGUUGUUUCUCUGGCCAAUGCUCAGUUUGGAUUGCAGAGCAAAGAGAAACAGGUGAAAUGUAUGAAAUGUAGUCUGAUGUAAGACCAGUCCUGAGCAAACCAGUCCGAUCAACAUUACGUGUACGUCCACCACAGCCCUGAGAAAACACGGCUUAUCAGCAUCUUAUAUUACCCAUCACUCUCUGCAGCACUGUACAUGUCACUCUAUUGGUCUUUUUGGUAGGUCUUAUCAUGAUUAAGUGUUGUGACAGAGCUUCCUGAAUGAAUACCCAACAAGCCCUUACGACAUGAGUAAUCUCUACCAUCAGUGUAACCUGAGCCGCACUUGCCUGGCCAGAUAACAUAAGAUCUACUGGCUCAUUUAUUUCCUCAUUUGUUCAGUUUUUUUUUAAUUAUUAUUAUUAUUUCAACUUGCCCAAUCAUUAGUUUUUAUGUGUUUGAUAUGACAACUGUGAUCAUAUUUUAAGUAACUGUGGGCUGUCUGACAUGCAUUGAAAAAGAGAUCAUGUGAGUCAUAAUAUUGUAGAGGGAAGUAGAGAUGAGACACCACAUAUUCUGUACUGUAUUUGACUUUAUGGUAACAUUACAUUUGUUGAUACUAUCAAAUAUAUGCUAAAUGUGUCCAAGUCUGAAUGAUCUAUAAAGUCUAUAGGCAUAAUGAAAACACUUUUUAUAUUGAUUAUUGAUCUACUUACUAAUCCCGAUGUUAAAGUGUCCCAAAGACCAUUUUAAUUUCUAUAAAAUAUAUCAAAACGCUGUCAAGAUGAAGCUUCGUUAUUAUCUAAAUGGAAUCAUAACUUACUAAGUCUUGAAAACAAACCAUUCUACAUCACUUAUGUUUGGGUUCCCAAAGAUAUAAAACAUUAAAGUAAUGCUGGAACAGAGGAUCCAAAUGUAUUUUUAAUACCGUAUAAUAAGUUGUGAUGUAGGGAAUACCUGUAUUGCAAGCUUUAACUCGUUUCAGUUGAGAAUUGUAACAACUGUUGAUGAACGCUAUUUAUUCAAGAGCAAGGAUCUCUAACCACAAAAGCACAACAUCCCAUUGGCUGGAAGAUGCUGGUGCAACUAAUGGCAAUUUGUGGUUAAUCACCUCCAGUAUAUGCUAAGAGUACAGAUACUUUAUAGCUUCUUAAAAUUGGUACACCUUAUUUCUUUCUUUCCUGUCUUUUGCUCCUCAUUCAUAUCUAAGAUCCAUUUAUGUUAACUAUUUAACCACUGAUUUGUGAUUUUUCUCUUUUUGGCACAUUUUUGUGUUCUGCCUUGUACUCAGGGCUGUUGUUAUAUAUUAUAAAGGAGCUCUGCAGCUCGAACUUUUCAGGGCAAACUUGUUGAAAGACAAUGGUACAUUAAUUCCUUGAAAUAAAUACAAUAUGAAACCA